GGCCGGGGGCGGCCGGCGGCCGCGGCGAGAAAUGGGGCUGCGGGCCGCGUAGGGGCCAUGCCGCCCGGGCCCCGGGCCUGCCCCGCUGCGCGCCGGGAUGGUGAACCUGGCGGCCAUGGUGUGGCGCCGGCUCCUGCGGAAGAGGUGGGUGCUCGCCCUGGUCUUCGGGCUCUCGCUCGUCUACUUCCUCACCAGCACCUUCAAGCAGGAAGAAAGGACAGUGAGAGAUCGGAAUCUCCUCCAGGUUCAAGACCAGGAUCAGCCCAUCCCGUGGAAAGUGCAGUUUAACUUGGGCAAUAGCAGCCGGUCCAGCAGCCAGUGCCGGAACUCCAUUCAGGGGAAGCACCUCAUCACCGAUGAGCUGGGGUACGUCUGCGAAAGGAAGGACCUGCUGGUGAAUGGCUGCUGUGACGUCGGCGCGGCGAGCACGAGGCAGUUCUGCUGUGACGGCUGCCUGUCCAACGGCUGCUGCGGUGCGUACGAGCACUGCGUCUCCUGCUGCCUGCAGCCCAGCAAGCAACUGCUCCUGGAGCGCUUCCUCAACCGGGCAGCCGUGGCCUUCCAGAACCUCUUCAUGGCAGUGGAGGACCACUUUGAAUUGUGCUUAGCUAAAUGCAGGACUUCGUCCCAGAGCGUGCAGCAUGAGAACACAUAUAGGGACCCCGUAGCCAAGUACUGCUACGGAGAGAGCCCCCCUGAACUCUUCCCUGCGUGAUGGGUGCAGAAGAUGUGCUGCCUGAGCAAGGCCAUGCUGAAGUUGGAACUCGCAGCCUGAAGCCAGGCCGCGGCGUCCUCCGGCCCGUUGAGGAGAUGGGGCGCUGUGCGGAGACCUUGGCUGUGGCCAUGUCUCGUGUUGUCCUCUGGCUUCACUCCCCGCCUGGUCUUACCAGCUGGAGCUGUUCUGGGAACCAGCCUAGAACCCCAGCGGUCACUCUCCGAAAAGAGGUGUGGCCAGCCAUGGUGUGGGUGCUCCUGGGUGCUGCCGCUGGGGUUUGCAGCUGCCCCUGCGGGACCUGUGGCUGCUCGAUUCUCAUCCGGGCCUUCACUCUGAAGUUAUUUAUUGGAUAUUUUGGGAAUAGUGGGAAAAUUGCAAUGUUUUAUAUAGGAAAAUGCCUUGCCUCUAGAGUUGAAUAUAUUCAUGAAAAUUGUUUUGUGUUCUUGAGUUUCAUGACUUACCAUUGUCCUUUUACCCAGAUAAAAUAUUUGACCUCUUAGGCGUUCUCUCAAGGUAUAGUUGCUUUGGGUUUUGUUUUAGCAACAUCUUCAGGAGUGGGCCCUGAACCCCGCGUCCUACCCAGAGGAAUAGUCUAGAACCUCGAAGCUGCAGUUGUGCUAAGGUGGGGUGGCCUUCCAGACGCGGCACGGGGUGCCCGUAGCUUCUUUCCAGCAGGCUUUCACUGUGCUUGUGUGCACAUGCCAGCACCCCUGACCCAGAAAUUCUGACCCACUGUCCUGGGGCCUUUGUCCCCAGUCCUGUGCCUCUUGAAAGGCCUGGGACAGCGUGCGCCUCAGGAAAACCCGCAGCUUCUUCCCCUCGCCUCCACAUGGAAGCCCUGUGUUAAGGCGAUUUCUGAGCAGAGCUACAUGUAGCACCUGGCUGUAAUGGACUGUCCUUUAUUGCUUCCUACUUUGGGUGGAUAACAUGUCGAAACUUGGCUUCCCAGUGAUUUGCAAAGAAGAAACCUAGCCUUGUGGUUGGGAACUUAGGUCUGCCUGCAUGGGGACUGUGGGUGACCACGGGGCUGCAGGCUGCUGGGCCAUCUGUGAGAUCCCCCCAUGCAGUAUGACAUGAAGUCUUUCUGGGUCAAGGGGAACAGGGACUGUCCUCAGGUCAAGAUGCUGUGUCCCUCGCACAGCCACUGUCUGGUCUCAGGAGUCACUGGGACAGACCACCUUACCUGGCGGCCUCCUUGGCCCCAGGACUGGGCACGGUCUCUUUUAGUUUUUGGCUGUUCAGGUUGCUGACCUGGUCCAGGCACUGGUUUCACCAUCGCUCUCAACAGUUUUUUUCCCCCAUUGGAUCCUUUUCUUGGGACCUCAUUGGCCUUCCAGUAUAUUCUGCAGUAUGUCGUCAUAGCAUCCUAAACCCCUGUUAGUGCAUACACUCAUCUUCCCAGAGUAGUCUGUUCUCCUAAAUAAACGUUUUUAAUAUUA